GGAUGAGUAUAGCUACUUGAGAUCCCUCCUCGAUCCUGACGAUUCCAAUCCUGACAUCACCGUAACCGAACUGGCUGCAACACUCAGCAAAUAUAGUGACAACCAGAAAGUUAAAGCCGACUUAGAAGAAAGUUUCAAUUUAAAAACUGGCCUACUACCACACGAUUCGGAUUCCGGUAUAUCCUCGGAUGGUUUCCAACUCCUGGAAGAGCUGCAAUGCGAGCUCCGUGAGAAGGCCCAAGUGACGCAGCAGUUGAGACGACAGCUGGACGACUGUGACGCCUUGCAUGAAGAGGCGUUGGCUGCGGCCGCGGCAGAAACACACGCGCUCAGGGAACAUAUUAAUAUGUUACGCGAAGAGAAUUCAUCGUUGUCCCACGUGCGUCACGACUAUGAGGAGGUCUGUGAACAGUUGACUAACAGCGAGCGAGCUCUGACCGAGGCGCGAGGACAACUGGAAUCAGCUAAACGACGUACCAGGGUGCUUACGGACCAGGUCGCUAUGUUGGAGACUGAGAAGCUAUCACUACAAGAGCUGCUGGCCAAGUCUAAGCGUGACUGUCACCACAUAAACGAGAUGUACGCAGCGAGACACAAGGCUCUGUUGGAGCAAAACGAGAAUCUACGGAGCGAAAGGGCCGAACUAGCGGCUAGGGCUGCAGACCUGGAUAGAGACUUACAACAGAUGAUUAGAGAAAAGGUAAUUCUCGAGAUGGAAUUGAAAGAUAUGCUGAACAAGUCAAACACACAUCUUCGUAUGGAGAGAUCUAUAGACAUCAGCUACACGGAAGACCAGAUGCUGACAGCCUUGGACAGUCUCAAUGCUGACUCAAAGUUCGCACAAGAGAGCAUCCAGUUAGACGAAGAAUGGUUUCUGAACGAAGAUCACGGACGACCGACGAAUGUGUCUCUGUUUGACGAAUUAAGACAUAGUUUCUGUAACUUAUCCAGAUAUGGUUUUAGAGAUAACAAUAAUUCAGUCAAUAUCGAUAGACGUUCAGAAACUGGCAACACUAAUAUACCUGUUGGGACACAGACAGAAGUUGUUGUUAAUUGUUAUUGUAAAAAAUAUCCCUCAACAAAUUUGAAUGUAGCAACACAGACGUUAAAUGAUUCUUUCGAUUAUGAUCGGAAAGACAUUAUUUCAUACAAUCUAGUAUCUAUUUCAACACAAACUAUUCUCAAUGAUAAUAAAAGCUUAAUAAAUACUACAAAUAAAGCGACAAACACAUCAUCACAAGUGUACGAAGUGUUCAGAGAUGUUGAAGUCAUGAAUAUAGGUAUACAAACUAACGACGAAUUUGAAUCUUAUCACAAUAAUAAUAAUGUUCAAAAUUGCAUCGAAUGCACUAAAUGUAUGGAAUGCGAUAGACUAAGUAAAUAUGCGAACAGAUUGGAAAUAGAAAUCAAAAAAUCUGAUGUCAUCGUUGAAGAGAUUAAGAGGGACUUGGAUUUGUAUGAGGAGAAUUUGGAUUUAUUGAAAAGAUUUGUCGACGAAGGAAACGCAAGGAACGUUAUACUGAAAUCGGCUGUUGAUAGUCUAAGAGCUAGGCUCUUGGACUUGGAAAAUAAGUGCACAGAGAAUGAUAUAAAGAUUGAAGAAUAUUGUGAAUUGUGCUCGACUGAAGCACAGACGGAUUGUGACUACACGUCGGUGUCAACACAGACAGAGCUGCCACACUCUGAGUGCGUUCGCCGACAACCGCAUCGUGGUUUGCGGCGGUAUUUGUGCGACUCCGUGAAGUGGUUGUUCCAAGUGUUCGCGGUGGUUUGCUUCGCGUGCGCCGUGUGGGUGCUGUGCGGGGUGACGAGGAGGCCGCGAGGGUGUCACCCUACACCCUGGUGGUGGAUGCACGCACACGAACUACUAGAUCUAUUCCUCAGUAUAGAAUACGUCUCCGAAGUACCGAUGUAG